UAUAUAUAGCUCUAUCUAUAUAUCUGUAUGUAUUGUUUUCUGUACCUUACUAUAUUGUACAUAUGCAGAUGAUGUGAACAGUGUCUUUAUUGUUUGAUUUAUGGGUGUCUUUACGUUCUACCUCUCCAGUCCCCCUUCCUUCUGUCAAUCAAUAUUGUUGUUGAUUUUAUGUUUAUUAUUGUUAUUAUUCUAUUGUUGUUGUGGAAACAUUCCAGUGAAGGAAUUCCUGUUUAUUUUAAUGUAAAAAUGAUAUAAUUUGAAUGCAGGAAGCAGAAAGGGUUGAACUUUAUACUCUUAACUGUAUACAAGUGGGACCGAUAAUGUUUUCGCUCUGUGCUCUCGUCAUUUAUGACCAAAUACAUGUUUACUACUAUGCCACCAGGAAUUCGUUUCUGAAGAAAAUAGAAUAAACAAUGUGAUUAUCAUUAUAAAUGAAUGUGAUUAUCAUUAUAAAUCAAUGUUAUUAUCAUUGUAACUUAAUGUGAUUAUCAUUAUAAAUUAAUGUGAUUAUCAUUGUAAAUUAAUGUGAUUAUCAUUAUAAAUCAAUGUUAUUAUCAUUGUAAAUUAAUGUUAUUAUCAUUAUAAAUUAAUGUGAUUAUCAUUAUAAAUUAAUGUGAUUAUCAUUAUAAAUUAAUGUGAUUAUCAUUAUAAAUCAAUGUUAUUAUCAUUGUAAAUUAAUGUGAUUAUCAUUAUAAAUCAAUGUUAUUAUCAUUGUAAAUUAAUGUGAUUAUCAUUAUAAAUUAAUGUGAUUAUCAUUAUAAAUUAAUGUGAAAACAAACAUAUAUUUUUUUUAAAUUAUUAUUAUUUUUUUUUUAAACUUACAGCAAUGGAGAAAUGUAGCCUAAAAAAUUAUACUUGAAUCUAUUUAGUAAAUAGUAAAUUUAGUGAAUCUAAUUCUUAAAUGCAUUACUGUACUAGUCGGGAAAAAGACUUGUUGUCUUUUGUGGCAGAGCCCGAGGUGGCAGAGCCCGAGGUGGCAGAGCCCGAGGUGACAGAGCCCGAGGUGGCAGAGCCCGAGGUGGCAGAGCCCAAGGUGACAGAGCCCGAGGUGACAGAGCCCAAGGUGGCAGAGCCCGAGGUGACAGAGCCCAAGGUGGCAGAGCCCGAGGUGACAGUGCCCAAGGUGACAGAGCCCAAGGUGACAGUGCCCAAGGUGGCAGAGCCCAAGGUGGCAGAGCCCAAGGUGGCAGAGCCCAAGGUGGCAGUAGUAACAACCAUCUCUGGAGCUAUGUCUUAAAGUGUGAGAGCCGGCCUGGUUCGGUCCUAUUCUGUAGAGGGGAGGUAGCUAGGGAAGUCCUCUAUAGGAGACCUAGGACCACCCUGCCAUGACCAGAGAGACAGAGCCUGCAUCCCAAAUGGCACCCUAUUCCCUAUAUAGUGCACUCGUCCCCAUAGGCCCUAGUCAAAAGUAGUGCACUCGUCCCCAUAGGCCCUAGUCAAAAGUAGUGCACUC